CUGACAUUCACUCCGCACACACUGCACAGAACUUCUCCAAGUCUUCAUCGCAAUUAAACCCAGGAGAGCCAAAGACCGCCACCCCAGUCUUCAUUUCGAUCCCCACACUCAUACCCACACCAGGCAAUGCAGAAUCAGGAAGAGGUUCCAGUGCAGGUUGAUGGUGAAGUGGAGUAUGGGCCGGCUCCUUCGGUUGCAACACCUGAGUUUGAUGAGUGGGCAAGCUAUGGGGACCAAGACAUCAUGCAGCAGCAGUCUGCCAUUCGUGCCGAGGAGGCCGAGAAGAUUCCCUUCCUUGGGGACAAGGAGCCACUUUCGUCUCUGGCAGCUGAGUAUCAGUUGGGCAGCGCUAUAUUGUUGGAGAAGAUAAAGGUUCUUGGUGAACAAUAUGCUGCAAUUAGGCGAACCCGGGGAGAUGGGAACUGCUUCUUCCGGAGCUUUAUGUUUUCAUACCUGGAGCAUAUUUUGGAAUCACAAGAUGUAAGUGAAGUUGAUCGUAUUAAGGCUAAUGUUGAGCAAUGUCGAAAAACACUUCAGAGCUUGGGUUACAUCGACUUGACUUUUGAGGACUUCUUUUCGUUAUUCCUGGAGCAGCUGGAUAGUGUUCUUCAAGGAAGUGAAGAAUCCAUAAGUCAUGAUGAACUUAUACGUAGGAGCCGUGAUCAGUCAGUAUCCAACCAUGUUGUGAUGUUUUUCAGAUUUGUUACCACUGGUGAAAUACGGAAGCGCUCAGAGUUUUUCGAACCUUUUAUAUUGGGAUUAAGCAAUGCAACUGUAGAGCAGUUUUGCAGAUCAUCAGUGGAACCAAUGGGUGAAGAAAGUGACCAUGUGCACAUCACUGCUCUUUCUGAUGCAUUGGGCGUGCCAAUCCGUGUUGUAUACCUUGACCAUAGCUCAUGUGAUACUGGUGGUGUUAGUGUGAAUCAUCAUGAUUUUGUUCCCGCUGGCAAUGAUCUGCUAACUGCUAGUGGCACCUCUGAGAAAGUUAGUCCGUUUAUUACCUUGCUAUAUCGUCCAGGUCACUAUGAUAUUCUCUACCCGAAGUGAUGUUCUCAACUCUUCCUGUAAGGCGACUGAAUGUCUGGGUUGGUGAUUGAGACGAUGAAGGCCAAAGCUCUUCUUCAUUUGGAGGAUGCAAUUCUGUUCCGUACUGUUAGAAAAAGUAUUUGUAAUCUGUUGUGUGGCCGUAGCACAACAUUGUGUGCGAAAGGAAAAAAACAGCACAGUUUAAACAAUCUUCAAGUGUAAGUGAGCAAGUCAUCGUCCAUAAGAAUUUGCAAAUUGAAAUGAACCUUUUCUCAUGUAAUGGAUGAGCUUGAAUGUUGCCUUUUAAGUCCACAACUUUUCAGGGAAUUCAAGGCCUUGGAUUUGGUACAUUCUGAUGGUAUUUGCAGAUUAAAAUUUUCAGUGGAGACGAUGAAAUUGCCUCGUACA